AUGCCAGCUGUCAACACAAUCGAGCACGAAGGCUCCUUCAGUCUUCAGCUUCAGCCUCUUGUGAAACGAGGGAACUGGGCAGAUAAAAAUCGCGGUGUUGUGCUGGUAUUUGUCAUCGUAUUCAUUGUCGUGUGCGGUGUUAUCUCGCUAUUAGUCUAUCGUCGGUGGAUGAAACACAAGGCCGAGAAGGAAUCAUAUGAAACGACCGUUUAG